UUGAUACUCGAUGUCCGUACUCUCGGGACAAAUAGCCACAUUCGAUCUUCCUGUCCCAAUACUUAUUGAAUCCUCGCAAGAGGGAAGACGUGCGACUUCAAUUCAACAAGUCAGCAUCAGACAGAAUGGAGAGGUUUAAAUGUAGCAGAAGAAAUCAGACGUGGAUGUGUUGUUUGUUUUUAGUUUGCAAUUUAUCAUUUCUAGUACCAUCACAAGCGGACGAAGAUGUUCGAAUCUCGAACUCAGAAGGUUUUGACGCGCUUGUUGGCGCUCUGAGCGGGACGUUGGACCUCAAUGAACCGGCAAAAGACAAAACAUCGAGCUCGAGCGAAUCACUACAGAGCAUACUCGGACUAGAAGAACCAGCUGACCAGGCACAUCGCAGACGCAGAAGCAUUGUUAUUAGAAAUGGCCCUAGUGGAAGGUUGUCUGUUCAAGGCCUCACAGCCAGUCAGAGCUGUGACGGGAUCACUGUGUCGUGGAUUCCACCCAGCGUUCCUUACAGCUCGAUGUAUGAAUACACUAACUCAGAAUUCAAGUACUAUAACAUAUACCGGAGUACAUCGUUUUUCAACGACGUCACAGGUAUGCAGCCCUACGCCACGGGUCAGCACGAGGAGGCGCUCAGGCGGGUACAGGUCACUUCCUGGACGGACCGCUACCCUGUUGCUAUGACAACCUGGUUCUAUGCUGUCACUGUUGUGGAUGGUAGCGGCCAGGAAGGCAAACAAGUCACAGCUCAAAAGGUCCAGCGUAUCCCCGCCGUGCAAAAGGAGGGCAGCCCUGUUAUUAUGAUGCCCUCACUUCUCCAAGGCCGGGUUCUCCACCACAGCAUGGCGUAUAAUCCCAACAGGAACGAGUAUUUCGUGGCCUUUGAUCUCGAUAUUAACGGCGACAACCGACCGGACCGCCUGUAUGGAGUAAGACUCAAUCCGUCAGGAGUCAUUAUGGAUAAAACGAUAUUGAAUUUCACGGCAAAUAUCCCUGGAUGGGUUGGCGGUGAGCAAGGCUGGCCUUCAGCUGUAUUUAAUCCACGCCACAAUGAGUUCUUCGUGCUGUUUCACUUCCGGUCUAUGAGGCACUUCUUCCGGAAGUUCGUCAUACUUGGUCAGCGGGUGAUGUCAGCCAAGACGGAGAGAGCGGCAGCUCCAACGCUUGUUGUCAAGGCCACGUCUAAUAAUGGCCAAAUGAAAGCGGACGCCAAGGAACCCAAACUUCUAUACAACCCUCAAACGGGUGGGUACGUAGCGUCGGUGAUAAUAGCAAUGCCCAAGAAGGAUGUCGCAUCCUUGUUUCUGGACAGAGAUGGCCGUAUGCAGGCCUCCGCUCAGAUCUGCAGCUUCAAGGGCCACGCUUACGAACACAACCUCUUCCUGGACUCCAAACGCAAUGAGUUUUUCUUCACGUGUUUAGUCGAGACCCGCGGAGCGAAAAUGCUCAACGUCAAGAUGGAGAACAAGCCGUACGUUCUGGUUAUGACGAAAAAAAACGCUACUGGGGGUCACGCGUCCAACAUACCCAACCCAGAGACAAAAAACAUGGUCAGCUUCACUACAAAGCGAGAUGGUCACGUGGAAGGCUAUUAUAGCGAGAAGAAAGAUAGGCUGAUGCUUUUCUGGGAAGACACUGUAAAUGGCCGACAUGUCAUACGAAAAGCGAUUGUUGGGCUUUCUACCAAGUUCUUCGCUCGUGAGGUGAAGCAAGAAGUUUGCACCGUCACCAAGGAAGUACGCACCCCUGUCCCCCUACCCCUCCCCUUGUCGGGAUCACAUUACUUACUCUGGCAGGAGAGGGAUCGCACAUCUUGGAGCAUUGGAGGCCAACUGCUGAAAGGAAGCUUCAAUCUUGCUAACCGAGAACAAAGGUUCCCUGUGGUUGUACAUAACAUGCGCUCUGAUAUGGGAUUUGUCGUUUGGCAAGAAGUCUUUGGUAACCAAGUCAAGCUUGUAGGUAGACACUUCCAGUACUCAUCGUCUUAUACGUGCACGCCGCAAUGCACGGGUGAUCAGCAGUGCUACCAGCAAAACACAUGCGCAAAACCGAUAACUGGCUGCUCCUCAAGGCCUUGUAGUCACGUGUGCAAAACAUUGCCAGAUGGGAGAUAUAGUUGCGCAUGCCCAAAGUACAUGCACCUCGCCGCUGAUGGAAAGACGUGCACAGGAGGACUCGAGACGUGCUUCGGCAGAACUCCACUCAAGGACUCGAGUAACAAUAAUCUGUUUUGCGGGCGUGGUGCGGGACGGCGGGACUGUCCUGCGGGAUCGUUCUGUCACAUCCACCCUACAGACCGUUUUGCCGUCUGUUGUAAAGGUACAAAUUUGCAUGUAAGUAGUAUCACUAGUAUAUUUGGUCAGGUUUUGGUCAGCUAG